GUUUGGUUUUGAUUUAUUUUAGAGAAGUCGUUACUGUUUUGAAAAUUAAAAUUCCUCUUUACAAAGCUAAAUAGGGAUUUCAGAGUUUACCUCAAACAAUGACAGAACUGUGCAGAUCUUGUUUGGAGCCCAUUCGCACGAAAAAAUACCCUCUAAUAGGAGAAAUCGCCAAUGUAGAAGUCGAUGUAAUUUCCAUGCUAGAAUUUUGCACUUCAUCAAAGCUGGAGGUAGCACAGGGCCUGCCAAACAGCGUUUGCGUUUCUUGCUUUAAGACCAUCAGAAUUUCUUACUGGUUUCUAAAACAAUUUUACGAAGCCCAAACGAAGCUCACCCAACUGAGGCACUUACUAGACGGAGCUAACGGUAACGGCCUGGAAGGCGAAGAUAACGAAUUGAUCUCUGCUAUUCAAAUUUGCGACAAUACGAAUGAUGUCGAUGGGGAAUCGGAGUCCGAAAACGACGAGGAAUACAUGGAGGAAGAUGGAAUAUUCGAGGAUACAACAGAAUUCGAACACGAAAACGAAAAUCACGAUGACGAACAAGAGAUUUUUAUCAAAGAAGAAAGCGUACUCCAAGAUACCAAAGGAGACUUAUCCAAUCUAGUAGAAUUAUUCGAUUUAGGUAAUUUAUCGAACAUCGAAGUAGUCGUCGAUGACGAACCGAAGCCUGACGAUGAAGACGAUAAAGUAUUUAUGUACAUUUGCCCCAUAUGCGGGGACCAAUUCUCUCGAGUGGAAACGUUUUAUUCACACGUCAGCAGCUACAAUUUAGCCAAAAUAACGUGCACCAGGUGCGAGAGCCAGCCCGAAUUAGACAUGGACACUUACUUCAAUCACUACUUGGAUCACCACAAGUACCAGUGCGCCAUUUGCGGCAAACUAAUGGCCUCCGCCUACGGGUACCACUACCACAUGAGGCACCAUCGGAACGUCAGGAAGUUCAAAUGCCCUUUCGAAGGUUGCACGAGGUCCUUUCUAAUGAAUCACCUUCUCACGAAGCACAUCAAAUCCCACAUAGUGAAAAAUAGUUACAGUUGCCAGUUGUGCGAUAGUACUUUCAACACGAAAGAUGCCCUGCGGUACCACAACAAGCAGCACUUCGGCCACAAGGAUCACUUGUGUACGAUUUGCGGACAGGCUUUUUUCCAGGCUGUACAUCUUAGGGAUCACGUCUACCGGCACGUGGGCUACAAAAAAUUCGUUUGUGAUAUUUGCAAUAGAGGUUUCAUAACGAAGGCUAGCUUAAAGAAGCACUUACCUUAUUGCUCGAAAAAGUACAAUUAUUGUUUUAAUUUUAAGGGCGAUACCAAUUGAGUUUUUAUACUUAUUUUAUUUAAUGUAUUCUUGAUAUUAAAUGUGG